AUGGUCGGCAUCCUCGAAGAGCAGCGUUACCUCCACGAGGAUCUCGAGCGCCUCGAGCAGGGAAUCGCGGACCGCAUCGCCGACGAGCCGAAACACAUCCGCGACCGCCUCAACCGCGACCACGAGAUCAGCCAGCUCCUCGACCAGAUACAGUCGCAGUCCGUCAAGUUGCUCGACAUCUACCAGGACGCCGCCGGCCAGCGCUCCCGCGAGAUCCAGAGCAUCGGCACGGGCGACCCCUUUGAGGAGUUCUACGGCCAGCUCAAGGACGUCCGCGACCACCACGCAAAGUACCCCAACGAGCAGGCCGAGAACUCGGAGCUGCGCUACCGCGUCAAGAGGCCCGGCGAGGGCGAGCUGAUGCCCUACGUCGUCGACCGCAUCUUCACCGGCGAGGAGGGCUUCGGCCGCUUCUUCGACCUGCACACCUGCCACGAGAGCUACCUCAACCUGCCCAACGUCAAGAGGCUGUCGUACCUGCAGUACCUCGAGGUCUUUGACAACUUCGCCCCCGGCUACGGCGGCCUGAAGAGGGGCGAUAAGCUCACCGACCAGUACUUCAAGUACGUCGGCGAGUUGUCCGAGUACCUCGAGUCCUUCAUGCGCCGCACGCGGCCCCUCGAGAACCUCGACAAGGUCUUUCACGGCUUCGACAGCGACUUCGAGACGGCGUGGGAGAAGGACGAGGUACCCGGCUGGCAGAAGGAGGAAUCGUCGUCGUCCGGCGGCGGCGGCGCCAAGGAGACGAGCACGGCCGACGCCGUCUGGUGCGACGACUGCGAGAAGGAGUUCAAGAACGAGAACGUCUACAAGUCGCAUCUCAAUGGACGCAAGCACAUCAAGGCCGCCGAGGCCCGGAAAGGGCGACAAGAAGAAGACGGCGGCGACGCCACGACAAACGGCGGGGCCAGGAUCUCGGCGACGAGGAUGAAGGAGAGGGCCGUCGCGGAGCGCGAGUACCGCGUCAAGCGCCUCGCGGCCGCCAUGUCCACGGAGCGCGGCGACACCCGGGUCAACGUGGAGCGCAAGCAGGGCAUGACGGAGCGCGAGAGGCAGCAGGAGCUGGAGAACCUGAUGAACAUGGCGUACGCGCCGAUGGGUGGGCAGAACGGCGCGGGAGGCGGGCAGAACGGCGGCGACGAGGACGGCGACGAGGACGGGGAGGACGAGGACGAGAAGUUCUCGAACCCGCUCAAGCUGCCGCUGGCGUGGGACGGCAAGCCGAUCCCGUUCUGGCUGUACCGGCUGCACGGGCUGGGGGUGGAGUUCCCGUGCGAGAUCUGCGGCAACUUCGUGUACAUGGGCCGGCGGGCGUUCGACAAGCACUUCAACGAGGCGCGGCACGUCCACGGGCUGCGGUGUCUGGGCAUCACGAACACGAGCCUGUUCCGGGACAUCACGAGCAUCGAGGAGGCGACGAACCUGUGGGACAAGAUCCAGAGGGAGACGAAGAAGACAAAGGUCGACGAGGGCAGCAUCGUGCAGAUGGAGGACGCCGAGGGCAACGUCAUGCCCGAGAAGGUGUACUACGACCUGCAGAAGCAGGGUCUGUUGUAG